AGCACAGAGUGCGUCACACAGGACCACCACAUCACCUGUGCCCUCUCAGCCCAGGAGGGAGACUUCACCCUCAUGUCAUGACACUGCACAAAGAGUUUGAGACCUUUGAGCUUUUCUUCAGGGAGCCAUUCAUGCCCCAAAAUGUCUACAGCAGUAUCUCCCACCCAUGGAUUGACCUCCACUGCAUGAGAGACCUGCUGGACUUUGGCCAUGCUCUGAUGCUAUCUACUCAACACGUCUCCUUGAAGAGCAACUGGGGGAUYAUCCAGCUGCUGAUGUCCUGGGCGGGGAAGAACAUCACACCCAGGAUACUGCCACCUCCCCAUGUCACCACUUGCAUCCAAUUUGUGCACAGGGACCAGUUUUACUCUUCCUUUUUUUCGUGUUGUGGACAUUGGUGUGCAAGAUACCCCUGGCUGCACAACCUGACCAUCACUUUUGACUCUGGAUACAAGGCCAGCACCGGGCCCUUUGUGGAGUUUGUGCUGCAGGACCAGCAUGUUCUUGGACACCAGCAUGGCCCAAGGACACCAACAGCCCUGAGGUGCACUUUUGGGUGUCCCUUGCUCAGCAGGCUGCCAGGGCAAGGCUGGCUUCUGAGAGAAGACACCAGGACCUACCCUCACGUYGGGCAGACUCACAUGGCUCCAAGACAGACCCGCUGCUGGCCCAGGCUGAGCYCAUCRCACCGGUGRCACCUCUGGAAUAAGGUAUUUAAGAAGCGGAAAGAACUUAAUGCACAACAGCAAGAGCAGCUGKAAAAGGAGUGA